CAGCACAUUGUCACAAACAACCUGGAUGUGGGGAGAUGAUGGUCAGACCUACAUUUUUAUUAGCAAGUAGCCUGAGUGUGAAGUGACCUUAUCACUGAGCAGCAUCCAGCUGCCUCCCCGCUGGAGAAGAGGCAUGUUUCCUCAGUGCUGUACUGUGGUGUAGGCUAGAGGGGCUGUUCCUUCAGCAGAUCCCAGCUCAGUCCGUCCAGAGCAGCGGCGCGGAUGAGCGCUGGGGACUAGGCGGAAAGGCAACAACGCAUUUUACAGGCGGUCUGCCGAGGAGGCGAGCAGCUGCUGUGAGGAGCAGACAGAGGUGGAGAGUCGCAUCUGCUCUGCGUUCAACAUUUCCAGCGGUCCCUCAACUUGCAGCCAAGCCAGCUACCUCGGCGCUCUUCUGUCCGGCUGUCACUGCCUCCUCUGCUGGGAUUAGAGGAUUUAGGACAACACUGUGCCACUUUAAGGACGCGACAUUAGAAGUGAUGGCCUCAGCUGCGCAGCUGUGCCGGUGAUACUGCCGCUGCACGUAGGGAAGAAGCAGAGACGCCUUGACAACCGACCUACCUUCCUCUCUCUCAAAAAAAAAAAGGGAAGAGAAAGGGAAAAAGAAAACACACCAGCAUAAACAAAUGCGACCAUGUACAGCGUGGAGGACCUCCUCAUUUCUCAUGGAUACAAGCUGCCCAAGCAUACCACCUCCUCCUCCACCCCUACCACAGUUCCCGUGUCCUCGUCCUGUCAGGCUUCCUCGUCCUCACCGCCGUCCUACAGCAAACACCAUGAAAUCUUGGAGAACAGGCCUGGUCCCAGGACAGUGAAUGGCUAUGAAAGAGGGCCCGGGAUGCCCUAUGGGAAAGGUGGCGGAACCAGGCUGCCCCAAGCAUACAGCGGCGGUUGUCCCAACAACAACAACAACGAACACAAGGAGAGGAGCCAGUCCAGACGGGAGGGCGAGAGCCGGAGUCAAACUGACACCCACUCCUUGGGAGAGUCACUGACCUCAGACAGCGGGUUCUGUGAUGGCACCAGAGGUCCUCAGUCACAGUCCAAGGAUGUGUCCUACUGGAGGAGAAGAGGCCAGGACUUCACUGUGCUCCUGGACUAUGCUGACUUCAGAGAGCCCCAUGGAGGAGGGCAGGGCAGUUACAGCAGGCCGGAGGGGUCUCAACAAGCUAGAGGCCAAGAGUUGUCUGCAGAGGAGCGUCAGAGGGCAGCUCAGGAGAGGCAACGUUGGGCCGCCCAGGCUCAGGCCCAGGUCCAGGCUCAGGCCCAUGCUCAUGCGCAGGCCCGCUCUAGAGAGAGGGAAGCCGCUCUCCACCAGUGGAGAAUGGGGACUGAGAGGAAGUGUCAGAGCCUGGGGACAGAUGAGUGGCGUCCAGCUGUGAGCUUUAGCCGCCAGCUGUCACAGAGUGAGGGUGAGCGUUGGGCACAGGAGCAGCAGCGGCUCCAUGCCCGGACACCAGAAGGCAUGGUAGUCCACCCCAGGACCAAAGCCAAAUCCCAGUCCCUGCCCAGGAUGCUGCAGCCUGAGAGCCUGCAAUAUGUGGACAUAGCCUCGUCCGGUCAGGAACUGUACAGGCGGGUCAAUGGCCACCCACUGUCACACCAUGACCUUUAUAGGGCACCCCGCUGGCCGGAGAAUGGCAGGCCGGCUAGUGCCAACCAACUCUCAAUGACACCAAAGCCCCGCUUCACCAGACCCCCCAGACCUCCCUCCUAUGAGAUGCACCAGCAGAUCAGGGGAAGUUGUGAGAUGUUGUCUGGAAGAGACUCAGUGAUUUCCCAGGCCAGGGACAGAACACCACUUCCUAUAUCAAGGACCGGUGACUCCCAAAUGGAAUUUUUUGCACAGGACUCUGGACCUCCAGGAUACAUCCCUCCCCCAUCAUAUAAAAGAGCUCCUAUCAUGGGAGGGGGGCGUCGGGGAUAUGGUGAAAUUGCUGUUGACUACAGGUACAGAGGUGAUGUAUACCAGCAGAUACAAGUGGCUCCAGAUGGAUCUCACUGGUUCACCAGACAUCCAGCUGGUUCCUGGCCUGAUCCCCAGAGAGAAAGGGGCAUGUCUGGGCAGAAGCAGCUUUACCCAAUGUAUACUACACACGAGCACCCUGGUGGAGGGAUCCAAUACAUCCCCUUUGACGACCCCCGUAUCCGUCAUUUUUCCUCAGCCCUGGGUGGCAACUCCCUGACGGACGCAGACAAGAUCCGCCACAUUCGCAAUGAGCUUCCCAGCGUCACCGUGUCGGAACCUGCAUCCGACGACAGUGCCUUUUUGCCCCCGCCAUUGGGGCCUUUCAUCGCUGCCAAACUGGCCGAUGAUUCUAACCAGACAUCUUCUAGCGACUUCGACAAUGACAAUAACAGGUGGCACAGUGACUUGCACAAAGAGACUGUUGAUAACUUCCCAGCAACUGACCAAAACUGCAACAACAGAUAUCCCAAAAACCAUUGUCCUCCUCCAUCUCCCUCUUCAGCCUUCCAGGUCCCGUUAACAAGGACUUCUUCUCAUCAGGGGUCCAGCUCAGAUCAGGUCUUUGCAGAAACCAUUACCCAAGUGAAGAAAAUUGUCCCAGAUUCAGGGCCAGAGAACAACAGGAACACAAAGAGAAGAGUGAGUGAAACCAUCUUCUGCCUUGUAUCUGUUCCUGUUCACACACCGACUAACAUUAACAAAGACUUAGCGGCAGAUCAGAACAACAAUAAAACAAUACCAAGCCUGACUGUGACCAACACAGACACUUUCGCUGUAGGCCUCAAGGAGAGGCUGAAUGUGCGGAGCAAGUCAGUGAAUGAGAUGCCCAUCAAACACCACUACUCUCACUUUCAUACUUGCAGCACAUCCUCAAUGAGGAACUACAAGAGGGCACCUUUAAGGAAGGAGAUAAUAGAUGCCUGGGCACUUCAAGCCAGUGAAGACAAAGAGAUGUGCUAUGCUGGGUCUUGGCCUGGAAACCAGUACCGAAACCAAGAAACCCAGACUGGCUCACCCCUGACAGUGGUGAAAAGUCCAGAUGCUCAGAGUCCUCCUGGGGGACAAGAGCCUGUUCAGUCUGUCUCAGACACAACCACAGACAGUGGUGUGGGGACAGACAGUAGUUCAUCUUAUGGUUACCCCAUGGCAGGACAGAAAAAUCUUCAUCUUUCUAGCAACAGCGCCUUCUCCCGUCUCAGCCUCAGCACAACACAACUGCCAUCUCUAAAUACUUCACAAGACCCAUCCUCCACAUCAAAGGACCAGGAUCAGGGAGACCUGCAGCCAUCCUCUCCCAGGAAGAGCAACUCCAGUCCGCCAGAGAGUGCAGAGCAAGUGGCCUUUGGUCAGUUUCUCUUAAAGCCAGUGAACCGACGACCCUGUGAUGCCAUUGAUGAACUGGAGAUCAUUAAUAAGGAGAUGGAAGACACAAUCAGUAAGAGACCCAGCAUGGGUCCGUGCAUUGAUGAUCUAGAUGGGGUGAAUAAAAAAUUAGAGCAGUUUAAAUCAGGAGAACAUUUCACUGCUGGUCCAGAACCAGGCAGAGAAGCAAUCAGUCUUCCACCAAUGCACAUAGAAAAACCCAACAAUAUAAAAGUCAGAUCAAAGUCCUUUGCUUCUACCACUGAUCUAGACUCCAUGAACAUGAGGAGUGCUUUCUCCAGGCCAAAGGCCAACAACAUACCACCAACCAAUGACAGUUGCCUCUUGCCCUCACUACCCCAACACAAUGAGUCAAACCAGCUCUAUAGACAGGACAUCCCAGUUCCUCAAGAGUCUUUGCUGAGGGAUGUGGGCUUAACUGUCUACACAGAGACUCCUGGUGGUCCCGGGGAGCCAAUGCAGCGCUCCCUCUCAGUCCCAUCUCCACUCGAUCAUAAGGAGCUUAGUCAGUCAGUGCAGCUCUCGUGGGAGAGCAGGACAGCACUUGUUAAAUAUAGUGGUAGCCCUGAGCACAAUUCAAAUAAAGAGCUUCAUGCUGAGGUAGAGACAGAGAGAAAGGCUAAAUCGGACAAUGUUUUGCCAUUCAGGGGUGAUGUGAAUUUAAGCCUCUGUAGAAGUAGGAGUGAAAGCAGCAGAUCACCUCAGAAAGAAUGUUCACCACAUGCCACCAGACUGAGCAGGGAGGUUUCUUUUGUAUUUGAGAAUGAUGAUGUCGAUGAGAGAUACACCAUUUCUGAGCCUCUGAAGUAUAAGAAUGAUUCAACCAUAGCAGAUAAGCACCUGGAAAACUUACUGAUUCAGGAAAAAGCCAAUUCUUUACCUGCAGAGGACCUCAGCAAUCUGUAUGAGGUGAAAUGCGCAAAAGGUAUUCCUGAAAAUGAGUCCAUUGAGCAGAGGGCUGCCAGAAUCCUGGGUAUAGAAGUUCCAGUUGAGGCCUUGGGUAUGGCUGACAAACAGUCAGAGGACAACCAGGAUGAUAAGGAUACCACUGUAGCUAAGAGACUACAAAGUCAAGGCGAAGAGACACAGCAUGUGACAGGAGAGUGUGAGCAAGUCAAAAAGGAGUUCCUGAUUUUCCAGGGAGCAGAGGAGGUCAAAGAGACAGGAUCAGGAGUGGACCACGAAGAAGGAGACAGACAGAAGCACAGGAGCAACCACAGUGAUGGUGAAGACAAUGAGGAUACUGACAUUCAAUCCCAGGUGGUACUGGACCUGCCUGAGUUCCCACCCAGUAAGCUUCCCCUAUCCCUGCCUGUCACCCCUGAUGAGAAGCUAGCACUUAGCAUGUGCAGUGUGGAGAAGAGGGGGCGAGGAGGAGCAUGUAAACUAAUCGAAUCCCUGCAAGAUAAGCUAAACUCUUUCGCUUCGUCAUCUGCUACAUCUUUGGGCAGGUCAAGCACAGAGAGAAUGGCCCGUCUGAAAGAGCUGGACUCAGUGUCUCGAAUAAGACACCUCAGUCUCAAAGAGUCUGGAGGAGAAGUUUAUACUGAGGAGAGGGAUGGUGACAGAGAGGAGAGUGAAGUUCAGGAAGAUAAAAAGGAUGUGGAGCAACAAGAAGAGGAAGAGGAUAAGAAACUGGAGGACGAAGGAGGGAAGGAGGAGGAAAACCCAGAUGAACAUGAGAAUGCACAUGAAACACAUGACAAGUUGGGGGAUCCUGAAGAAGACUGUAAACCUAAAGAAGAAGUGAAUGAAGUUAUAUGUGAGGAUGAGCAAAGACCAGAAGAGGAGGUAGAAGAGAUUAAUGAUGAGAUUGCACUAAAAGUGGAAAACGAAGCGAGUAAAGAAGUAGGUGUUGAAAUAAAAACAGAAGCACCAGGAGAGGUGAAUCUGGAAAUUGUGGAGGAUUACAAAGAAAACCCUGCGGAGAAUGUGAGAGAUGGACAGAAUACAGCAGAGGUCAGUAGAGCUGAGGCAACACAAGAAGGUGAGGGAGAAAAAUUGCCUAAACCGAAGCAGCGCACCAGGCUCCAGAAGCCUCCUCUGCUUCCUAAACCUCGCAGCGUUCCCAAGAGAGAAAUAACCCUGCCACUCAGCUUCAGCACUGGGACCUGUGGCCCCUCGAAUACGGAGGAUGAAGAAAUGCUCUCUGUCUCAGACUCCUAUGACCCCAGUCGAGUGGAGAGAGUAUAACAUCUGACACUGCCCUCACCACUGUGGAAAUCUGUCUUUCUCAAGUUAACAGCUUUUUCCAACAACAAAGGCUUUCAUCUCACCUCAUGGCUUAGUCAGCUGUGACCCCUCCGAUAUUGUUACACAUUAUUUUCACAGAACUGACUGUUCUGGUGCUGCGAGAGCAUUUUUACAGCCAAAUAAAGGCACCACCGGUGCCGUUUCUCCAGGCCUUUUCAAUCUCGACAACCUCUUCCUUCCAUUCUCUCCACUUCUCAAAAAGAUUAAUUUGCUCAAGGAAGCGGACUUCUUGCUUUUGAAGUUGUCUUGUUUUGCUUUUGGAAAAAUGCAUGUCAUUAUUCCUGUCCAAACUUGGGCUCCUUAUUGAGCUUAGGUGUUGAAAUAUGAAUGUAAAAGUGCUUCUGCUCAACAAACAAAAGAAAUGUAACAGAAAAAAACAACAAAAAGGCAACAGUAUUGCAUUACAAUCAGUAUUAACCUACACCAAAUGUAAAUAAAAAAGAGUUAUAAGAUUUUAUUAAGAAUAUAAAAAAUCAAUUUAAGACAUUUAAUUGCUGAAGAAAUUUAUAUUUUCUUAUCUAUGUUAAGAAAGAAAGAUUUUUGGUAGUGUAGUCUUUGGGUGUAUUACUAAUAAUGAACCCCCCAUGGUCUAUAUUCUUAUACUUGUGUGAUAGAGAAUGUACUCAGAGAGCCUGUAAUGCAAUGAGAAACACUGUGGUCUUUCAAUAGUUUCACUCAAGAGCAAUAUAGUCGUCGUAUACGGGACAUUUGUGGCAUGUUUUGAGUAGCGAGUGUCCAUUUCAACCUUUUGGUACAAGUGUUAGAUUUGCACUGCUGAGAUUAUUGGCUUUAUGUUAUCAGUGAGAACCUGAUAAUCUCUUCAAAUACUUUGAGAUUACAGAAGGAGGGAUUCAUAUUUGCACCCUCCCUGUUCUCCUUUGCUGUCAGUGUCAGUGUCAGCAUCAGCAAUCGCAGCGUGUAUCAGAAACGUCUGAUUUAAGUGUUAUUUUUGUUAAUCCUCAUAUUGUUGAAGAAGAAAAUCUAUAUUUUGUGGCAUUAACAGAAGUCUAUAUUUAACUGUGGAAUUUUUCCUUUGUUCACAUCUUAGUUUGUGUGGUUUCAGAAGUGCUUUUUUGCAGGAAAUCAUAGAUGUAGCUAUAUUGAUCGCAGUGUGCCUUGUACACACUGUUUCUGUGGAGGACUUCAUUUGUGUGUAACACAUUCAGAAGUGUCGGUUUUCGGAUCCUAAUUUAAACUGUACCACACUAUGUAAUUAUAACUUCAAUGAAAACUGAAACAUUUGAAGUUGUUUUGGCAAUAAUAAUAAAAUUUAGCUUAAGAAGCAUAAUAUUGAUGCUGUACAGAACAUGUUCAGUCAUUUAAUGUUGACAUAUCAGUGCUUUAUAAGUUGUGGGCAUAACUGGCAGUCGGUUUACUUAAACUCACUUCAUUUACUAGGGUAGCAAUACAAGAAAUUAAAAAACAUACCAAACCAAACUUUAUGCUAUGCAUUGGACAUCUACAUUUACUGGGUUAAAUACCAAAAUUCAUAGUUAAAACGGCAUCUUCUGGUUAGCUUGUUUGACCCUAUCGCUAUGUGAUCCAGCUGUAUUUAAUGUGGAACCUGUUGGAUCUGGUUAUAGACAUGCAUGGAAAUGGCUCUGUCUGGAGUUCAGUGGAGUGGAAGGUCCGUGCGAGGAUUUGUCCUGUUACCAGCCCAGUACCCGUACCUCUGUGUUCUAGGUAACGUGUUAUCUGGUCAUUCUCAUAGGUCUUUUUGUACUAAAAGUUCUUUGUAACAUGAUAUAGACUAUUGGUGCACAUUCUUGCUUUGAUAUUUUCUAUUUUCAUACAUGUACAGCUUCUUUUGUACGCGCGCAACAUCUUUCUUUUUUUUCUUUUUUGUGUGCAUGAAAUGCGUAAGAAGUCACAGAGACAAGGUGUAUUUGCAUAUAAUUGCAUUUGGUACUAUAUAGUCUAUACAAUAAACAACUGUUAUAUUUCAUAAUAAUGUAUAUUUUAUUUUCAAAACGUUAUGCUACAUAUUUAAAACAGAACAAGGUAUUUUUAGAUUAUUGUGAAAAGGGAACUGUUUUUGAAGGCACAAUAUUUGUCUAUAUUUGAAAUGAUCAUCAAAAAAGAUCAUAAAUAGAGGCAAGUGUGUGCUAUUGUACAGUACUGCAGAGUAUUCAUAAAUAAAAGUCUUUGCAUGAAACAUUUUGUCUCUGACUUUAUUACAUUCAUUAUUAUUAAACAUAAUUUGAUGCAAAGAGAACAUUUGGAAAAUAAUGCAUAUAUUUAAUAAAAA